AUGGUCGUGUUGGCUGCUUCUAUCACUACGCGUCAGGGGAAACCUCUUUUAUCAAGACAAUUCAAAGAUCUAUCCAAGGAUCGGGUCCUGGAACUGCUGUCCAACUUCCAGAACCUAGUUUCCGAGAUCUCGUCGGACCACACGUUUGUUGAGGACAAGCACGUCCGCUACGUGUACAGACCCUUCGACAACUACUACAUCAUCCUCAUCACAAACCGCCAGUCCAACAUUAUCAAGGAUUUGGCCACGUUGAAUCUGUUUUCGCAGACCAUCAACUCCUAUUUGUCCAGUUUUCAAGACCAGGAAAUCUUCCACAAUGCCUUUGAGAUUUUGUCCUCGUUCGACGAAAUCGUGUCGAUGGGUGGAUACAAGGAGAACCUAUCUUUCACCCAGGUGCAAACCUAUUUGUCUAUGGAGUCGCACGAAGAAAGGAUCCAAGAAAUCAUCGAGCGUAAUAAAGAGAUCGAGGCUACUGAAGAAAGGAAGCGUCGUGCUAAGGAGAUUGCGAGAAAAGAGCACGAAAGAAAACACGGAUUUACGUCCUCAAACGGCGAUUACGAUGGUGCCAGCAGGUUUAUGGCCAGCAAGGAUCCAAACGUCACAAACGCCAUCAACAGCUACUAUUCCCACGCUUCUCCGGCAGCACAACAAUCCUAUUUACAAAGCGCCCAUUCCGCUGCUGCUGAAACGGCCCCAGUGGCCUCUCCAGUGGUUGCACCCCACCGCGCAGGACCUUCCUCCAUUGGCGGUAUGAAGUUAGGCGGCAGUGCAGGAAGGAGAUCCGGUGCCGCGUUACGCCCAAGUGCAGUUUCUUCCGCCUCUUCUGUCACACCUCCUUCCCCAGAGGAGGACGUUCCAGAGAACAAUGGUAUCUUGAUUUCCAUCAAGGAAGUAAUAAGCGCGGAGUUCUCCAGAGACGGUACCAUUCAUUCCUCAGAAUUGAAAGGUGUCUUGGAAUUAAGAAUUAAUGACCAUGACUUGUCCCACUCGAAUCUAAAACUGGCCGAAUCUAUCGACGUUCGUGAUAGAUCCUUCCAAUUUAAGACCCAUCCUAACAUAGACAAACAGUCGUUCCUAUCCAGUAAACUGAUUUCCCUACGUGACAAAUCCAAGGCCUUCCCGGCCAACGACCAAAGCCUGGGUGUUCUCAGAUGGCGUAAGAUUGCUCCCGCAGAAGACGACUCAUUGGUUCCAUUAACUCUUACCACUUGGCUUUCGCCCUCCGAAUCUCAGCAGGGCUUCGAUGUCAUCAUCGAAUACGAGAACGUCUUGGAAACGGAGCUUACUGAUGUGAUCUUUACGGUUCCUGUGUUCCCUCAAGAACCAGUCGAGAUAAAUACAGAGUCUUCCACAUGCCCUGACGCCGAAGUCAUCAACAUGGAUCAAGAAACAGGAACUUCUGUCAAGGUCAACAGAAUCGGCGCCAACGACUCAGGUGCUCUGGCCUUCACCAUUGAAGCUCCAUUCGAGGAUGCCCUGUACCCAAUGACCGUUUCCUUCCAAGAAUCUAACAGAGAAAAGUCUGCAAGGAGCUUCACCGGCAUGGCCAUCGAUUCUGUCGUCAUGGCUACUGACCACGACCAAGAGAUGCCUUACGACGUCAUUGCCUCUUUGAAGUCGGACGAAUACCUUGUCCAAUAG